AUGGCUCCAGGGCCAGCAGCCUCGUCCGAUCGCCAAGCGGGACGGACUCUUCCUCGGACUCUUCAGACCACCAGACAUAAUCGGCCGAAUCCCGUCGAUGUGGGCGUACCCGACCUCAAUCGACCUCUACCACCACCUCCAGCCUCUGCUACAGAGCCUUACGAGAUCCCCUCCCUUCGCCGACGUCCUGCGCCGGAUUCUGCCGAUUCAAAUACCCCCAAGGCUGUCCACAAUCGCUCAUUCAGUCAUCCAUUUCCCAAUUUGUUCGGCUCUAAGAGAUCUGAAAGGAAACCUCAUGCCAAGGGAGAACAGGACGGUAUCCCCAAUGCCUCUCGCGAAGGGCGCACGGAUGAUACAAAAGCCAAAAGCACAGGACAAGAAAACCCCCAUCAAAGAGCUGAUCGACAGCCAGUCACAGGGAGGUGUAUGACUUGCGAUUCCACCGUCAGAUGGCCUCAAGGACUCAAGGUGUUCAGAUGUACAACUUGCUUGACGAUUAACGACCUGGAGCCCAGUCAUGAGCCCACAAGCUCUGCCCAAGGCCAAGCACCUCAACGAAGGAUAACUUCUUUAUCCUUGGAUCGAACAAGAUCUUUGCUCGAUCGAUGCCUUGAAGAUUACUUUGAUUCCCUGCUCGUGGAUACGGAGCAAUCCUACAGCCCGGAACCAAUGGACAAUCAAUUUCCCACCGAGGAGUCUUUCCUAUUGGAUGGAAGUCCACCAGAAGGCCUCCUAUAUAGUCAGAAUCCAGACGACCAAGAUUCACCACCUCAAUCACCCCGACCUGCCAUGAAACCUCGAAGUCCUUCUGAAUCGACAUUGAGCACACUGAAACCUUCUCAAAUACCAGAAGGCUCAUUCGUCCAAGGAUUGUCCGCCGAUCCCUUUUCCUCUUCUUUACCCACACAAGAAAGACCGCAUACAGCGCGAGCCUUUAGUUCAAAUGAUCCAAGGCCCAGUGUGACUCGACAAAUAUCUCAUUCUGCUAUCUUUCGUGAAGUCGAAACCUAUAUAUCCCAUUGUUUUGUGGGAUGUGCCACCUUGAAUAAUUCAUUCCUUUCGUCGAGACCUCCGCCGGCCUUCAAACCACGGACUGGCUCAGGCCCUCAGCCACGGCGACAGCCAUCCGAGCCUGCUCCGUCUCCGUUAUUUGAGACUGAUGUGUUCCUCUCCGAGUUUGAUGCGAAAACACUUCUACUGGGAGACAUCGCUGAGAAUGGCUCUUGGUGGCUUGGGGCACCAGGAGGUCGAUCAGGUAGCACAGGGCAGGAUAAUCAGCAUGCCCGGGAUAGAUCCCCAGACAAGCCAGACAAAAUGCGAAACCCGAGCGUCAGACAGUCGAGGAUCAAUUGGAUUGAGCUUGCCGAAUGGUAUCGGGUCGUCAUCUACGCCGGUGAUGUAUGGGAGUCGAAAUGGCGAGACAUCAGAUCCAGGAUUACAGACCACCAGCAAAUUCAACGAUGGGAUUCGGUCUCCCUGAGUAAUAUUCAUCAUGACAUUAUGGAUUCUCGGAUACAUCUCCAUAGAAGCAUACUCAAGGUUUCUGAAAACCUGUUGAAGCGCCCGCGACAACCUCUAAAGCACUCUGACGAUUGUCGAUUCCUUCUGAUACUCCUUGCCAAUCCAUUACUCACCCCAACAAGGUUAGAAGCCGGAAAAUCAUCUCAUCCGCCAAUCCCGAAGCAUCUCCUAGCAGGAAGAGGUCAUGAUGAACGCUUGCGUGGUUCGCCUUCGAAGCGAAUCCCAGCUCCAGCAAGAAGACCUGGAAGCCUUGGCCAUCACUCCGGAAUCAUUAAACGUAUCCUGGGCUUGAUAGCCAAUCUCUCGAAUGACAUCCACCAAAUUCUAGUCUCCUGGUUCUCCAAGUAUUCGGAUGGUCAUUUCCAGCGCAUUGUGGAAAUGAUAGGUAGUUUUGUCACCUACCGACUAUCCAGACAGCAACGCAGACCGGCCGUUGCUGAACCUGUUAACCCAACAGAAGGACUCGUUCCAAGUUUUUCAGAUUCUGGUUUACGUCACGCAUCACAGAUCCAUGCUGCGCUUGAAGGGAGGGGCCAUUCAACAUCAGGUGCUAAUGCAGACAACAAGCCGAAAUUGUCCUCUUAUGGUGAAGAUUGGCAAAUUCGUGUAGCAGCACGAGUAAUGUCGUUAUUUUUCCAGGCCAACGUGGGCCAUGCUGCUCGGAAAAGAGAUGCUGCUGUUGGGCAGGAACAGCGACAUCACAGCCCCGGCAUGAACGCAAAAUACCACGCCAAUUCACAUGGGCAAAUAAUCCCCAUCAAUAACUUUUAUAACACAAUGCUGGAUUACGCCGAUCUCAUUGCUGAUUUUGAGACUUGGGAGAAGACCAAGAGCAAAUUCACAUUCUGCCAAUACCCAUUCUUCCUCAGUAUAUAUGCCAAGAUCCAUAUCCUCGAGCACGAUGCAAAAAGACAAAUGGAGGUCAAAGCCCGUGAGGCUUUCUUUGACAGCAUUCUCAGCAGAAAAGCGGUCAGUCAAUAUCUCGUGCUGAAAGUCAGAAGAGAUUGUCUUGUGGAAGACAGUCUACGAAAUGUCUCCGAGGCCGUUGGGUCAGGAGGCAAUGACCUGAAGAAAGGUCUAAGGAUCGACUUUCAAGGGGAAGAAGGCAUCGAUGCAGGCGGCAUCCGUAAGGAAUGGUUUCUGCUUCUUGUGAGAGAGAUUUUCGAUCCCAAUCAUGGCUUGUUCGUCUAUGACGAAGACUCACAGUAUUGUUACUUCAACCCAUAUUGCUUCGAGUCGUCCGAGCAAUUCUUCUUGGUUGGCGUACUCGUGGGCCUCGCGAUCUAUAAUUCGACUAUCUUGGAUGUUUCAUUCCCUCCGUUCGUCUUCAGGAAGAUGUUAGCAUCUGCACCUUCAACUGGAGACAAAUUGACGUCGACACCAAGGAUAGGCCACGGCUACACGCUCGAGGAUCUUGCGGAAUUCCGACCGUCUCUUGCCCGAGGUUUUAGACAGUUGCUUGAAUUUGAAGGUGAUGUGCAGGAGACAUUCUGUCGAGAUUUUGUGGCAGAAAUGGAUCGGUAUGGAGAAGUCAUUCAAGUGCCACUGUUCCCUGGUGGCGAAAAGCGGGCAGUUACGAAUAGUAAUCGAAAGGACUUCGUCGAGUUGUAUGUUCAUUAUCUCCUCGACGCGUCGGUUACACGACAAUAUGAACCUUUCAAGCGCGGGUUCUUCACUGUCUGUGGAGGCAACGCGCUCUCACUGUUCCGACCCGAAGAAAUCGAAUUACUCGUCCGAGGAUCCGACGAAUCUCUUGAUGUUGCAAGUCUUCGUGCGGUGGCAACUUAUGAAGGGUGGCCCAAGCAUGAAGGACCAGCUGAGCAACAGCCUCAGGUAGUAUGGUUUUGGGAUUUCUUGGCCAAAGUCAAUCCUGGUGAUCAAAGGAAGAUCUUGAGCUUCAUUACCGGCAGUGACAGAAUUCCCGCAAUGGGUGCAACGAAUCUUAUAAUCCGCAUCCAAUUGAUUCGAGGCAAGGACGAGUUCGAUGUCUCUGGUCGGCCCACCAACCAACCCAUUGAGAGAUUCCCCAUUGCGAGAACGUGUUUCAAUACGUUGAGCUUGUUCAAGUACGAAAGUCGUCAAAAAUUGGAGCAUAAACUAUGGAUGGCUGUUACCAACAGUGAAGGAUUUGGCUUGAAAUAA